GAAAAAGUUUUUGUCUAUGGUGUUGCACAGUUGUCUUGUAUUGAGGUUGUGUAGCGUUUUUUGGCAUUUUAGUUAGAAAGGCGACGAAAAUAGGUGAUGGAAACAUAAUUUAUUGAAAAUGAAGUCCGUAGUGGCUUAUGUUCGUAGUCUUCUGGGUUGGUGUGAUGAAAAUCCACCGAUAAGAACAAGCUUCAAACGAGACAGGGCCGAUGAUGAAUUGUCGUCGGACGAUGAGCUACCGGCCCUCAAGAGACUCAAGCAACUGAAUAGAACCAAUUUCCCAGACAUCAUGGCUUCGAAUGAUGAUUGGGAGAAGCAGGAAAACCAAAAUAAAAAUGUUAGGUAUGUACCAAUACAGAUAGAUGGCCACCCUAGUACAUCCACACCCAAUGAGUCACUCAAUAAGAACAGAGUGAGAACUGUGCCUAUCCAGUUGGUGGGCUUGUCAGAGAAUGGGCCGGCCACUCCGUCGAGAAAACCUAGGAAACAUACACCUGUAAGGCCUGUGAUACAUGCAUUAAUAGAUGACGAAAAUGAUGAUACAGAUGUGACUUGGGUAGAAUCAAAAGCAGAGAACCCUCCCAAAAAGCCUACAAAAGUGUACAUUGACUUAGAUGACGAGGAUGAUCAUCAUGACAAUAAUCAGCAAGAGGAUGAUGUUAUCUUUGUUAAGAAAGUGUCAACCCCGCCACCAUCUAGACCGUACAAAUACUUCCUCAGUAAAAGUGGCCUUGAUACUACUGAUGGAUCUGUAGAGGAUCCAGUGUUUUACAAGUUAAGUCGAAAACCAACAGAACGGAGCAUGAUGAAUAUGUCACCAAAAACAUUUACAAAAUUCAAAGCACCUCCUGGCAUUACUAAGUCUUACAAAAAGGCUCCAACUCCCCUACCAAGGUGGAUGCUACCUUCAAAACCAACUACAUCGAAUCUCUCAUCAUUUUCUAGAAAUAGAUUUUUAGGUCUCAAUGGUAACUCUAGGUCAACAAUUUCAGAAGUAUUCAAUCUAAAUGAAAAGAAAAAUUAUCAAGAACUUAUUAGGAGAGUUGCAGCAUCAAUGAAACCAAUGGCAACAGGAAAACCAAUUGAUAUUGUGAAUCUAGCUGAUGAAGCUGCUUCCUUCAGGCUAACACAGAAAUCACAAAGAAAUGCUCUCAAUGAAAUUAAAUUGGUAGAAAAAGGAUUAGCUGCUGAAAGAGACAAUGAUGCAUCAAAGGAAUAUGAUCCCAUCACAGUGGCGUCCAUAAACUCAUCCGAUUCAGAAGUAGAAGUAGUUCCAUCAGAGUCAUCCACUACAUCCUCUCAGAGGAUUGAACCCAUCAACACAUUAAAAGACUCAUAUAGAGACAAGGCCAUUACUGGAGGAGAUUGGCUUUUAAAAUUAGAAUCAAAAUAUAAGAAAAAGAGACAAGAGACACAGGCAAAGCUAAAAGAUGCAACUCGGGAGUCUGAUAUCAUAUCAAAAGUAAAUAGUGAACAAAGUAUUGCUCACCUGGAGCAUAAACUGAAGUAUGAGCUGAGUAUACCUGAGAGUCUGUUUGAGGAGCCACAGCCCACUGUAGAGCUGCCUGCUCUGACUCCAGAACAAGAAAAAUUAGUGAACAGAGCACUGGGACCAGGACCUCCUGGACAGAUGCUUGUAGAGAAAUUCAAUUUGAGAAUACACAGGCGGGACCUGCAAACUCUAACGGGUCUUAACUGGCUGAAUGAUGAAGUUAUAAACUUCUACAUGAACCUGCUAAUGCAGAGAAGCGAGGAAAGGAAAGACUUGCCGAAGGUCUAUGCUACCAACACAUUCUUCUAUCCUAAGCUCAUGCAGAGUGGACAGGCUGGUCUUAGGAGGUGGACGAGAAAGGUGGAUAUAUUUGCGCAUGACCUCAUAGUGGUUCCCGUGCACUUGGGCGUGCAUUGGUGCCUCAGUAUCGUAGACUUCCGCGCGAAGAAAAUCAACUACCUUGACAGUAUGGGCGGCCGCAACCAGGCCUGCCUGGACGCACUGUUGCAGUAUCUCAGAGAUGAACAUCAAGACAAGAAAGGAGCGCCGUUCGAUGACAGUGGCUGGAAAACAGAAUGCCUCAAAGACAUUCCACAGCAGAUGAAUGGCAGCGACUGCGGCAUGUUCGCGUGCACUUUCGCGGAGUUCUCGUCCCGCAACGCGCCGUACACGUUCACGCAGGCACACAUGCCCUACCUGCGCCGCAAGGCCGCGCUCGAGAUACUCACCGGGAAACUACUGCUCUAGACCAGUGUCCUCAGUGUAUCUCCUUGUUAGUGAUCUAUUUAUUUUAUUCGCGAAUUGUGUGAUUCCUAUAUUUUACGUAACUGUACUGUACUUACUGUUCUUAGUGCUUUAACAGUGUUUCCUUGUGAAAAGUGUUAUAUUAAGUUGAAUGUAUGGUGAUCUCUAGAAGAAACCAUUGUGACUGCACUGUAUAUAAUUCAUUUUGUUUAUGAUGUUUUGCAAUUGUAUUCCUCCUUGCGAAUGUUCUUAAGUGUUUUGGCAAAAUAAUCUAAAACAUUAUUAAUUUGUAAAUAGUUUUAUUCAAUUUUGAUGUUCCACAAUGAAUAUUAAAGAAUGUUGAACAAAUGUAAAUAAAAAACAUUUAUGAAUAUUUUACUAUGUGGACUAUGUAUUGAUAUAAUAACCCCAUUACAUAAUGGGGUUCUUAUCGUUAACCAUAACUCAUUCUGAAGCAAUGAAGAGUUACGGGAGUAUAGUCUGUAAUAAGUAGAGAAUACACAUUAACGAUAUUUUCAAGACAUCGCCAAUUUAAAUUAAUGGAUUUUUUAUAAUACCUAAGAAAGUACGAGAAGAUUAUUAGAAAUUAAAUGUAAAAUAAAUAAAUCACUAACAAAAAUAAAUUUUAACUAAAACAAAUGGACAUAUUGUCAGUUUUAAGUCUGAGAUGAUUGUUUAUAAUAUAUUAAGUAAGUUAAAUGCUGGUUAUAUUUAAAAUCUGAAUUUAUUUGUAUAAUUUCAUCAGUAGAAUCUUCAAGUUUUUGUGGGUAAUGUGUGUUGGUUAUCAAAUUCAUUACUUGUCGGGUAACCCAUUACAAAAGCAAUGUGUUUGACCAAGUCUUCAAGUCAAGGCAAUGUAUGGGCGAUGUUAAUGUCUUUAAGAAUACUUUUGCGGACCUUAUAAAGAUUCGAAAAACUAAGUAAAGUAACUCUUUAUGUACAUAUAAAUAUCUUCCAUUCCCUUGUAAGUAUAAGAAUCAAAAAUAUUAAUUACUUAAGUCUUUUAAAACUGACUUAGUAAGAUCGUCAUUGCAACUUUGUUCAAUAUAAAACAUGCACUUAUUUUUGGGUACUGUUGAAAAUAGGAUCAGGAUUGGUUUUGCGCAAUUGCGCUGGGUUCAAUUUAGAACAUUGAAUAUAUUGAACUUGGUUUUAUUAUUACCCUAAAACAGUAUCUAAAAAUCAGUUAACUGAGUUCUCUCACCAGUCAUGAGACUACAAUGUUCUCAUUGCUCCUUAUGUUAAUUUACAAGUUCCCAUGACAGACAGACUGGCACAAAGGGUAAUCUUAUUAAUGCUUUGUGAUAUAAAAGUAUAUUUUCUAUGUAUGUGAUGAGUACAUGCACAUUAUGUGGAUUGUAGAUAUAAUUAAGGUAUGUGUGUAUUGCAAGUAUGGACGGAAUUAUUAAUUUAAAUGUAUUUUGUAUUUAAAGAACGAUGCUAAUGACUGUCUGGGAUUGUAUUUGUAAUUAAUUAGACACUGCAGUAGACCUCGGCUCCGUAUGACGUCAUUCUAAAGAGAUAUGACGCCACAGUUAUAUGAAACCCAUAUAAAUAGUUAUAGUUUAUGACAAAUAAAUCGUCAUUCCUAUUUACUUAUCUUUCUAGAAGAAAUAAAUCGCAUGUUUUCUUUACUAAUUUCUAAGUCCCAAAUAAUUUAUGUGUAAGUAUAAUUGAAAGGAUGUUUGUCUGUUUGUCAUGGUAACAAUUUAGUCUUAGCGUUAAGUAUCUGUCUGUAUUAUAAAAGUAUAGUUAAGUUAAACUAACUUAAUUCAUAAUAAUUAUAAAUUAGACAUUUUGUUUCGCCUGCAAAAGGCUCUCGGAAGUUUUCUAAGUGAUGGAAUAAUAAAUAAAAGAAAAUUGAAAUCA